GAAGAGGGGAGGGAGGGCGGGCGGGAGGGGGCCGGGGCCGCGGGGAGGGGGCUGCCGGGGCCGCCCGGGGCGGCGCUCGGGGCCGCUGUACAAAUAGUGCGGCUGCGGGCGGCCCCUGCAGCCAUGGGGGUCCCGCAACGCUCCGCGCCCGCGCUGCUGCUCUGCGCCCUCGCCCUGCUCCGCCCGGGCUGCGCACACACCCGGGCACCCACCCGCGCCCCGCCGCGCUGCCCCGCGCUGAUGCUGCAGCUGCUCCGCUCCCCGCCCGCCCCGCUCCGCGCCGCCGCCGCCGCCGCCUUCAGCCUCUCCCCGCACGGCUCCCUGCAGAACGGCUCCCGCUGGGCGCUCUCCUUCGACAUGUCCUCCCUCUCUAGCAGCCAGGAGGUGAGUCUGGCCGAGCUCCGCGUCCGCCUGCCCGGCCUCUCUCCAUCCCACAACAUCCCCCUGGACAUCUACCACAGCCGGCGGCAGAGGUGCCGGGAUGGCAGGACCUGCGCCCACCAGCUCUUUCUGGGCACCGUGGCUGGCAGCCCCUCUUCCACCCAGGCCUCCUGGAAAGUGUUUGAGGUCACCAGCCUGCUCCGGUCCUGGCUCCACCAAGCCGUGGCCCCCGGACACCACGGUCCCAUGGGAAAGGAGCAGUGGGAGGCGAGUGGGUCUGCCACCCCGGCCACCGCCACGAUGCACUUGCCCACCUCCAGUGAUGCUGACCACGAGGAGCCAGCCCUGCCCCAGGAUGUGACAGACGGAGUCCUGCUGCUCGUCUUCUCCAGGGACAAGUCUCCAGGAGACCACAGCCUCAUCAGGACGGCGGAGACCUCCAAGCACGUCAUGCGUGACAGCGGCUCCCAGGGCGUGGGGACUCGCCGGCACCGCAGGAACAGGAAGGAGAAGCAAAGGAUCAAAGUCAGCGAAGCUGCCGCCGCCGUCCCCAGGGAGGAGGGCAGGUCCCUGUGCAGGAGGGUGGACAUGAUGGUGGAUUUCGAGCAGACCGGCUGGGGCAGCUGGAUCGUCUACCCCAAAAAGUACAACGCCUACCGGUGCGAAGGGCAGUGUCCGUCACCCGUGGACGAGACCUUCAAGCCCACCAACCACGCUUACAUACAGAGUUUGCUGCAGCUCUACAAGCCCAACCAGGUGCCCUGUCCCGCCUGCUCCCCGGUCAGGAUGAGUCCCCUCUCCAUGCUCUACUACGAGAAGGGCGAGAUCGUCGUCCGCCACCACGAGGACAUGAUCAUCGAGGAGUGCGGCUGCAACUGAGCCCAGCUCAUCCCCUGUGGGAAGGGGCACAUCUCUGCCCAGAAAGUGUCCCCGUGGGCUGCCCAACGCGCAGACCAGAGCAUCGCUGAGCCCCCAUCACCUCCCACACGCCCGUGGGUCGGUGAAGCCCUGGCUGUGCCAGGGGAGGAGGAGUGCGGUGCCCGGGUGUUAGCGGCUCUGCAGCACUGCGUGUGCACGGACGGAUGCAGGCUACGCGCGGGGAAGCCAUCAGACACCUCACAGCAGCACCGAGGUGGUGGGUGCCGGGCCAGACGAGGGCUGGUGCUGCUCCGCAGAGGCAGGAGCCGGGGCGCAGGGGCUGGAGUGGCAGCAGCACCGCUCCCUACCAUGACAUGCUGCUGGCAGCGAUGCUCCGUUUGCCUGCGAUAGGUAUCGCUGGUAGCUACAGGCUCUCAGCCGGACACUGCAGCACCGGCGUCUGCUCACGCUGAGCAUCUGCACUGUCAGGAUUGUCGGUCUCCCCCGGGAUUCUCUUAAGACUUCUGUUAUAUUUCUAUUAAAACUCUAUCAGAUUUCUAUUACAGUUGAGGUGAGUUAAUGUGGUUGCCCAGUGUCCAGCGGCAGCAAGGCAGGGGUUCAUCUCAGCCUGCUCCUGCCCUGAAACACCCAGGCUGAGCACGGCGCCGGGAGGGACAGAGCCGGGAGGAGCUGGCUGGCAGCAGGCAGGGGGGCAACGACCUCCAUCAUACACGCUCCUCACCCAGGACCACGCAGGAGUGAUGCAAAAGAUGGACCUGGGGCUCCUGCGUCCCUCUCCAAAGCAUCAUCUGUUCACCAAGAGCCAGAGAGGGUUUGCACGGGCAAGCGAGGUGCCCCUGGCAAUAGGGCAGCCCCACGGUCGGUCUCGGUGGGUCUGAGCACCCCCCAGCCCUCCUGCCUGCCCUGAACAU